AUGAACAGCAAUACAUUAAAUAAAUCGAGAAGGUUGUACAAUACUUGCGACUCGAAUUCGCAACUGAGAACCAUUCUAUUAGCUUCUUUAGCUAAAUUACAGUUACUAUAAUAAUGUUAUUGUUUAGUUCUCAAAGCACGGCUUAGACUGGUUAUAGUGAGUUGAGGACAUUGAUAGCAUAAUUGCAAUAAAAUCAAUUUGUGAUUUUAACGAAUUUACUUGAUUCCAAUGACAUUUCAAAAUAAGCAAAAAAAGAUUAUAUUAAAGUAUUUGGUGUGUUAGCAGAAAUAAGAGGUAGCGAUAUUUAAGAGUAGUUACCAAGGAUUGUAUAAAUUAUCAACAAAAGAAUAUAAGAAGGUAAAAUAUACUCAGAUUGGUCUAGGAGAUUCCACAUUUAUUUAGGUGAUAUCGGAUACCUUUGCAAACAUCAAUGAAUUUACUAUCUAAACAUCACCAAAUAAAUACGACUUAUUUUAAUCAAUUACAGAAUUACUAUAGGCUAAUUUUGUACACAAUAACAGAGUUGCUCAAUAAAUUAGUGCUUAAUCCCUAUGCAGGAUAAUUUAAACAACGGAUUAAUAAUUAAUGGAGAUGAUCUUUAAAACUUAUACAUAGAAAACCUUAGAAAUUUUAAAGUAUGCUUUCAAAUCUAAACUGUAAUUAGAUCUCCACAUUGCAAAACUUAAUAAGGUUUACUUGAGAGUCUGCUGAGUCUAAUAUUGACAGUAGAAGCAAUCUUUGAACCAUGUUUAGAGGAAUGUGUGCAUACUAUCACCAAUUGUUUGCAUUCUGAAGAGUGGAAUUCACGGUAUUAAUUGUCCAUAUCCUAGAAAGUUUGCAUUAGAUAUAAUUUAUUCAUUAAGCGUGAUAUUCCCUCACUAUUUUAGAGUAAAUGACUAAUUUGUCAAUAAAAUAGGAGAACUAAGGUUUGACAAAAUUAAACAUGUAAGGGAUGCAGCAUAAGUAGCAUUGUCAUCCCUUAAAGAUUCAAGAUCUUUAUAAUAAUAAUCAGCCAGAGAACAUAAAUCAGUGUUUAAAUCUAGUGCUAAUAAAGGAUUUUUUGAAAGAACAUCAGAUAUAUAAAUUAUUGAAAAUAGGCCAAGGGAUGAAGAAAUAUCAAAAUAGAAACCAACCUUUGCUGAUAUUCUUGUUAAAAAUGAAACUCACUCAUUCACACUUCCUAAUUAAUAAUAAAUGGGAAGCGAUAAGAAAACAUCCCCUGUUUAAAUGUUAAUAGAUUCCAAUAAAAACCAUUCUCCACAAUGUUCUGCCUUCAUCUAAUCAGCUCAGCCUAACUAUCAUUUUAAUUUAUCAGGAUCUAGCAAUCAAAAGGAGAAGAAAUAUAUAAAUUAAAGUUAAGAAAUUCCUAAAUCCUAAAUUUAACUUGCCACUCCCCCUUAAAAGUAAAUACAAGACAAACAAGAUCUCUUAAAAUUAUACGAUUCAGCCAAAGCCAAAUAAAAUGCCAUCUUUGAAUAAAUUUUAAAUUAAAAAUUGCAAAUUUCAGAACAAAACACUCGUUCAGAAAUGAAUCUAUUGAACAAAAGAAUAGAUAAAAUUGAGUAGAUGUUAGAAAGAAUGUCAGAAACUAUAGAUAAAAAGUUAAAUUCAUAAUAGAACUAAUAAUAAUAAUAAAUUAAAUCUCAAAAAUAAAAAGUGAUCCCUGUUGAAUCAUAUUAGGAUUAAUUCAUUCCUUGUUAAAUACAUGAAAAUUAAAAAUCUCUGAAUCUCUAAAAUUAAAAUAUGUUUGACUCUCUAAAUGAUGCUCCUUAAGAAAUGAACACCAAAAUGUAAGAUAUUUUUUUCAUUGCUCAAAAAUCUUAAUUCAACACAGAAUCAAAACUUUAAGAAUCUAAUUUUGAACUAAAUUCAGGAAAAGUAAGUGAUGCGGAAGGUAAAUUUAGGGAAAAUCAUUAAAGAUCAACUUCAGAAGCAUCUCCUUUGAGAAACAAAGAUCAAUCUAUCCUUACCACCGAUAGUAAAUAGACAUAACAACAGUUAUCCUCUCCUAUUAUUCAAAAUGCUAAAGUGGUUGAAUAACAAAAGGUUAUGUAAAAAGUAGAGGAUUAAUUAGAUGUAAAUUUAUUCUGAUUAUUAGAAAAACAAUAUUAAUGAAGCUUAUUGUACAGCAUUAACAUCAUUAGAUGACUAGAUUAUAAUUUCAACAAUGAUGAAGACUGGACCUUGUACUGAAAGACUAGAUUCUACAUAAGUUGAAUAUUUAUUACACAAAUUAAGAACAUUAGAUUGGAUAGAAAAUGCACUUCAACAUCAUCUUGCAAGAAUGCCAGCAAUUUUAUUAAAGUCAAUUUCUACAUAAUUAAAUAAUGUGUAAUAAACUGACUAAGUUAAAAGAAUUCAAGAUAUGAUUGAAAAGAAGAAGACUUAAUCACAAGAUUGA